AUGGCUUUCCUAGAAGAUGGGAACCACACUGCAGUGACAGAGUUCAUUUUAUUAGGCUUAACAGAUGACCCAGUCCUUAAAGUCAUUCUCUUCACCAUCAUCCUGUGCAUAUAUGUAGUAACCAUGUCUGGGAACCUCAGCACCAUCCUUCUCAUCAGAGUCUCCCCCCAGCUCCAUCACCCCAUGUACUUUUUUCUCAGUCACUUGGCUUCUGUAGACAUAGCUUAUUCAUCUUCUGUCACACCUAAUAUGCUUGCCAACUUCCUGGUGAAGCAAAAUACCAUCUCCUACCUCGGAUGUUCUAUUCAGUUUGGUUCAGCUGCUUUCUUUGGGACAGUUGAAUGCUUCCUUCUAGCUGCCAUGGCUUAUGAUCGCUUUGUAGCAAUCUGUAACCCACUGCUUUAUUCCACCAAAAUGUCCACACAAGUCUGUAUCCAGUUGGUUGUAGGAUCUUAUAUAGGUGGGUUUCUUAAUGCUUCUUCCUUCCUCCUUUCCUUCUUUUCCUUUAUCUUCUGUGGACCAAAUAGAGUCAAUCACUUUUUCUGUGAUUUUGCUCCUUUGGUGGAGCUCUCCUGUUCUGAUGUCAGUGUCUUUGUAGUUGUUACCUCAUUUUCUGCUGGCUCAGUUACUAUGCUAACAGUGUUUGUCAUAGCCAUUUCCUACACCUACAUCCUCAUCACCAUCCUGAAGAUGCGCUCCACUGAGGGUCAGCACAAGGCCUUCUCCACCUGCACCUCCCAUCUCACUGCAGUCACUCUUUUCUAUGGGACUGUAAUGUUCAUCUAUGUGAUCCCCAAGUCCAACUACUCCACUGAUCAGAAGAAAGUGGUCUCUCUGUUCUACAUGGUGGUGAUCCCCAUGUUGAACCCCCUUAUCUAUAGCCUUAGAAAUAAUGAGAUUAAGGGUGCUCUGAAGAGACUGCUUGAUAAGAAAAUAUUUUCUUAG